AUGCCAUUCAUUUCCACGACCAUACACACAAUUUCAACUUUAUACACCACUCCCGUAACGCCUGCGACCCGACCCAAUACUUCUUCUCCCCCGCCAGUCGUACGUGGUUUGAACAGACGGCAGGGGCCUUUCCUUGAAGAGUCAAGUUUUCCCUUUGGUAGUGUAACAAAUUUUUGGUCAGACGCGAGUGGUUGGCCGGCCCUUCCUACUGUCCAGGGUGAAUCUGGUACAAUUUCCCGGUCUGCGAAUCCUACCUCAACCUCUUCAAGUUCUGAAGAAAACACAAUUCCUUCACCGAGCUCUACCAUCAUCGUACAAUCUACUGAUCCCGCGCAAUCAGGUACUCACACAGCUCAAUCGACAACAGUUAUUGCAGAAAUUGUUGUAACUGUCUUAUUGACAGCAUUGGCUGUCGGGAUCUGCAUUUUCCUCAUUUUGCGUAAACGACACCACAAGCACUUGCACCGUAUGGAAGAAAUACGAAGUACACCCAUAACCCCCGCCACUAACGGUUCACCACGAAGAGAAAAAGGCGUUCUUCCUAAUAACGAUCCAGAAAAUACUGCAAUUGCGCCGAUGCCUCAAGUAGCGGCGUCAAACCGGCCUUUGCAAAUUGGACGCCGCUUAGGGCAUCCAACGGCUGCAGCUGGACUGCAGAAUCAUGAUCGCGGUCAUACUGAAACAACUCAGAGAUCUCAGGUAGCAUUAUUGCAGGAGUGGAAUGAAGAAAUGAGGAACAAUAUUGAUCGGGUGAUGGAGCAUAUGCGACGGCUGGAGGGUUUUGUUGAGCCUGGGGCGAGAGAUGUCGAGGGCCGAAUGAGCGGAACUACUAGGAGUUCCAUGCCAGAUGUGCCACCUCCAACAUACGCAUCAUUGUGCUGA